GUCGCUUGGGAAUUACGUUAUAGAAAGUCUGCUUACAUAACGGUCAUGUUGGUUGGCAUGAUUAGUGUAGGUUCGUCAUCUCGUUCGGCAUGGCUUCCAGAAGUGUUGCCCCUCCGAGCUCGCGCUCUCCGAUGCUUCUUUCGGACGUAAUGACGUUAAAUUGAGGAAAUAUGUUUGGAAUCGACAGACCCACCAAUCGCGGAGCUGUAUCCGCAAUUGUAGUGUUAUUUGCGAGAUUGAAGGUUCGAUGAAAAUUGUAUGAUUUGUAUGAAUUAGAAAUCAGCAAUGAAACGCGUGUUUUUUCCCCAUAGCAAUACAUAAUUUUUGAGAAUAUAUAAAAGGUAUUUGAAAUAAAACGACAGAUUGGAAUUGAAGAUUUCCAAGUCUAUCUUUCCUGCUGAAUAGAUUUGUCGUGUGCGUUUGAAUAUAUUUUACCUUCACCGAAUAAUUCCAACAUACAAUCUAGCGCCAUGGUUCAAAACAAGGGCUUGAUCUUCAAAUCGGUCCCUGAAGGCUUGCCAGUCAAGGGCAAGGACCUUGUCAUUGAGGACAGACCGAUUGAUCUCAACGCUCAACUUCCAAAGGAUGGCGUGCUCUUGAGGAAUUUCUACCUCUCUUUUGACCCCUACCAGCGAGGUCGAAUGCGGCCGGCAAAUACCAAGUCCUAUGCGCAAGCAUUUACUCUCGGAGAGCCCAUCGUCAAUGAUGGAAUCGCAAAGGUAGUGAAGUCUGCCAACCCGGCGUUCAAGGAGGGAGACGUGGUGCUUGGUCAUUUGAGAACGGAAGAAUACUCUGUUAUUCCAGGUGACAAAAUUGGACCCGUUAAGCUCAGCAAGCUCGAGAAUCCUCGCAACCUCGACCCUAAGCUGUUCCUGGGUGCUCUGGGUAUGCCUGGCUUGACGGCAUAUGCGUCAUUUUAUGAAAUUGGAGAGCCCAAAAAGGGAGAGACAAUCUUCAUCUCCGCCGCGUCUGGCGCUGUAGGCCAAAUCGUCGGGCAGCUCGCCAAGCAUGAAGGACUAAAGGUCAUUGGAAGCGUUGGUGACGAUGCCAAGGCCAAGUUCAUCACUGAGGAGCUCAACUUUGAUUCAGUCUUCAAUUACAAGAAAGAGAAACCGCUGGAUGCAUUGAAGCGGUUGGCCCCCGAUGGAAUCGAUAUUUAUUUCGAGAAUGUUGGCGGAGAAACUUUGGAUGCUGUCCUAGAACAAAUUAAUAACUAUGGACGAAUUAGUAAGUCAAAUCUCCGCCCUAUGAUUCAUGAAGAUUAUGAUUUGUUCGCUGUAACGAUUUCGUGAUGCUAAUGUUACCAUCUGGUCUGCAGUUGCUUGUGGCAUGAUCUCCCAAUACAAUUCGAAGCCAGAGGACAGAUAUGGUGUCAAGAACCUCAUAAAGGUAUUUGAGAAGCGGCUGAAAAUGCAAGGAUUCAUUGUCCUCGACCCCCAGUUUGGCCAAAAAUGGUCACCUGAGCACCAGAAGAACUUGCAGCAGUGGCUUGAUGAUGGGUCGUUCACGGCCAAACUCAGCGUGACUGAAGGCAUUGAUAAUGCAAUUGACGGCCUUUUGAGUCUUUUCUCUGGCAAGAAUUUCGGAAAAGCUAUUCUCCAAAUCGCGGAUUUGCAAGAGGUACGUUUCAUGUGCUUGUGAAAUGCAUUCAUAAUGAAAAAGCCCGCUAACAUUGUGACAGUAAUACCAAGACCAUUUUAAGAAGAAAUGUAUCCAGGAA